CGUAAAGCGUUGACCGAUUUGAACGGUACAAUUUGUUGUUUGCUGUUCGGCUCAAUGGCCGAGUGUUAGUCGCACAAUAGCAAUAUAUGUUUGUCCCGUUUAUAGAAUAAUUCUUUUAAUUAUUCCAUAAAUAUCGAAACAUCUGAUUUCCUAUAACAUUUUGCUGUGAAAAAUGAUUAAUAUAUACAUACAUACAUAUAUAGAUACAUAUAUAUAUAUAUGUACAAGUUUUUUUUACUUUCUUGUUUUUGUUCCUUCGUUCUUCGUCCUUUCCCCUCUACAGUGUCCCACGCAUACAAAGAUACGCGGCGGCACCGACGAAAGCGACUCUGAGAAUUCUAUGAAAAUUCAAAAUCAAAUUUUUUUUUUAAAGUAAGCAUUUAAUUUUAUUUCAUGAACGUUUUUAUUAUACUCGACAGUACUUCCUGGUAUUGUAGUGAUUACUUCUGUCUGUAAAAAGAAUUCUAUCUUAUCAAUCGCUGUUAGGCACGUAAAGUCUCACACACGGUGCCAUUGCACUGCCGAAUGGAUCGUAACAGGAAAGCUAUAAAUACACACGCAUCGCGGGGUAAACAAACUUGACCUCAGUGGAAUUCUUAUCGAUGUAUCUUCGUGUCGAUGCAGUGUACACACAAAUCUUUUGAGGUUAUGUUUAACCAUUCGAGGUUCGUUGUGUACUGUGUGCUGUCUGUUGAAGUCGAACCAUUGGAUGUAACAAUAAAGAUAUUGGCGCCUGUUUGUUAUUGUCUGAACAUUGUUGGAACACAAUCGAAUCAUAAUACACAGAAUUCAGAAGACACUGGAGCUUUCAAUAUUCGCUCCCCGAUAUUAAAGUAUAGUUGAAAAUGAAGUGGUCACCAGGUGCUUUGUUUUGCGAACAAGUCGGUGAACUCACUCGAGUUUUCUCACAAUGGAACGAAUGUGAACAAACUGUGGUACUAUAUGCGCUACUUCGUCGCAUUCCUGCAGUUCAAGCAAGGUUUCUUGCACAAGCAGUGCAGCACUCGUUGCACUCUGUUUCCGAAUUGGAUACGCAAGAAUUAAAUGCCAAUAAUCCAGCAUUUAUUAAUUCUUUACUCUCAGAAUCAACAGAAGUUGCUAUUAAUCAACUUCUAACACAUUUGCCAUUACUGAGGCCUGGGAAUAUAGAGUGCAAACAAUGCUAUUUAGUAGCUAUACCAGAAUUAGUAAGCCACUGUGUGACUACUGGACAAUAUACAGAACAAACUCAACAACUUUUAAGUUAUUGUUUGAUCCAUCCAGCUAUAACUAGUCAAGACAGACGUUCUUUAACUCAAUGGCUACGACAUCUUGAAGAACGUAUUAGUGGUACACCACCGAUACAUAGCCUCGAGGAGUACACAAACACUACUAUUAGGUGGGACAAUGCAUGGCAACGAAAUGCUAAACAACAGCAAAACGAGCAAACAAAUUUGUUUGGUACACAACCAGGUACUGCCUUCAAUUUGCAAUUUCCUCCGCCUGUAACCCGCCAACGGCGAUCAAAUAGUCUAACACCGCCGGUUGCUCCUCCUCAUCAUUUAGAAGUUGUUGAUCGUACUAACAAUGUAAAUUGUACAACGAGACACAAACCUCGAAGUUUUAGCGUCUCUGGAGAUCAUACAAGCAAUCUUAUUGGAUUAGGCCCUUUAAGUCCGCAGAGCUCUUGUGCAAGUAGCGGUAGCGAAGGACGUUUGGACGAAACAUCUAAUCGAUCACUUGCUAGUGGUAUGAGAGAUGUUCCAUCGUGGCUUAAAACUUUACGUCUUCAUAAAUACAGUUAUCUAUUUGUUACCCUCAGUUACGAAGAAAUGCUUCAGUUGACGGAAGAACAAUUAGCAGAGCAGGGUGUAACAAAAGGAGCCAGACACAAAUUGGCCUUAUCCAUUGCUAAGUUGCAACAACGUUAUUCGACGCUUUUAAAUUUAGAAAAAGACUUGUUACAACCAACGCGCGAUAAUACACAGUCAACGUCAUUUUUACAAGGACCAACUGUACUGGUCAAUACAAUCGAUGAAUUAAAAACAAUCUUAGCCACACCUAUGAAACCAAGCCAAGAAAAUGAUCCUCAGGACAUACCUGCACAAUUCACUAAGGUUCUUGGUAAAUUGUGUAGCAGAUUGGCAUUGGAUAGCGUGGAUGACGGUAUUUUGUGCGCUUGUAUUAACAUAUUAGAGAAAGUGUUGCAGCAUGAUUGCUUUACUCCAAAUCAAAAAGAAAAGGUACAACAGUGGCGUAGCAGACUUGGAAAUCCACGACCAACUCCAAAAUGGCAACAUAAUUAUGGAUACAAUAGCAGAAGGUAUUGUAAUCCACAACAGCACAAUAGGAAGCCAAGUUUAAAUUUAGGACAUAUUCACAAUACACAUCCACAAAACAACUCCUUUGUGGUUAGCACCCACAGAAAUAGUAUAUCUACUCCAUAUUUGCAAAAUAAUCAGAACCAAAGUUUAAAUCAGAAUACUUUACGCCCGGUCCAUGUAACCGAAAAACGACCUAGUUUACAAGAAUCUAGUUUACAGCAAUUACAAAGGACGUUACAACGUACGUACAGUGCGCCGAGGGAUCAUUUUCUUAGUCAGAGUGGUAACAAUGCAUCUGAAACAACAGAACCGGAAAUCAACUCUCGUCUCGAAUCUCUUUGUUUAAGAAUGACAGAGCAAGCGAUCGGUGGUUUCGGUGAGGCCUAAUAAUUUUAUUUUCGUUGACUGGAUCUACGCAGUAAGUCCUUUUAAAGAAAAAAGAAGAAAAAAAAAAGAAAAUUUCUAAAUCGAUACACACACUACGUAUCCGAGCUCCGUUUUUCAAUGCCGAAGGCAAGACUGACUUCCGUAGAUCUUGCGAAUGAAAAGUCCAACAGCUAUGACAGUGCUGACAGUUGCAUGUAUUCACGUGCACACAUUCUCACGCUUUAAUAGCCCUACCAAAUGAAAAAUGUCCGAUAUUUGAGACAUUACCAAGGAAACUAACUUUACGACGUCUGAAACGACUCGUGAAAGAAAAGAAAAAAAAAAGAAAGAAAACAAAAAAAAAAUAUUUUUUAUUAUAUCCGAUGCAAUUAUACUAUUUAAUGAAACUGACAGAAUUUGGCAAGCCAAAUGCUAUUAGGAAGAUAGAUUCUUUCCUUAACUAUUUGCUGCAUCUAUAUAAAUGUAUUAUAUAAAGAAUAUAUAUGUAUACACAUAUGAUAGAAUUUUAUGGGAAGCGGAUAUAAAAUCAUAUAACGUAUAUUAGGAAAAAAGGGGAUGAAAAAGGUACACCAUUAUUAUCGUGCGAUGUUUGCAAUAUUAUUUUUCGUGUUAUCCAUUUCGGGAAAUGGAAUUCGUCUGAUUUUAAGCGCCAGGACACAUUAUACUAAUGUAAUGUAAUUCAUUUUAAUGAACUGACUGAUUUUACUUCUUUUUAACAUUAUUAUUAUUAUUAUUACUAUUAUUAUUAUUAUUCUACUCUUAUCACCACCGCCGCUAUUGCUAUUAUCAUUACUAUUUUCUGUCUCUAUUCUUCAUAUUGUUCCCAUCGAUGAUGGGCUUUGCCAUCAUAAUUAUUCUCAUUAUCCUUAAUGCUAUUCACCAUAUUAUUCUCGUCAUCAUCAUCACCAUCGUCUUCAUUAUAUGUAAUUAUUACCGUGUAAAUUCUAACUACAACUACCGCUGCUAUUCGUUUUCUAGUACGACUAACAACCAUGUAUGCUUUUACGCUCUGUUACUUUUUUUUUUUUUUUACCCUUGAUCGUUACCGCUGUUUUUAUUGUCACCAUUCUGCUACUAUUGCUAUUUACUAUUACCACUAUACUACUACUAGAAGCUCCAGACUAUUACUACUACGAGCAAUUGUAAUAAUUAUUAAUUAGACUAUUUCCACUGUCGCGGUAUUAUUACUGUAAUUCUUCUUAGAGAAGGAAAGGCAUACUUAAAAGAAAGAUUUGUCACCAGUUCGUGAUGACGCGUUAGAUAAAAAGGAAAGAAAGAAACAGUAACGUAAGACGUUUUCAAUUCGUAUCUGCUAUGCUCGGAAAUGAAAGCACAUCGUGAUGUGUAUGCUUUGUAGUUUGCGCACAGAUAUCGUGAUUUUUUUAUACUCAUAUGUAAGGGAGUAAUAAGAACGAAGGGAAUGAAGAAAAUGAAAAGAAAAACAUACGGUGAGAUUAUACAAUAAUGGAUUUUAAAGGCCUUAAAGGGUGUAUCGAGCAAAUGCAUAAAAAAAAGAGGGGUAUAAGACUAAUUACUAUAUGUAUACACGUAGCGAACACGUCGAGAUAGAAAGUGGGGGAAAAAACGCGAUAUAUAAAUUGCAUCAUACUUUUAUGAUGCGACAUCGAAAUCUGUGGCUUUAAAUUAUAAGCAUACAUCAUACUACCCAUAAACAUACAUACAUACGUAUGCACUUAUUAAGCAUCUUUUAAACAUUGCGAAUAAACGUAGCAUAAUAUUUUUUCGUGCAAGAAAAAAAAAAAGUCAUGAAGAAAAUUGUGGUAAAACGAAAGAGGAAGGUUAAAUUUUCAUAAUUAAAUAUAGUACUAGCGAUAAACUGAUAACGUAUCGAUAAAUAACAUACGAAACAAACAGCAACAAAAGAAAAAAAAUAUGAAAAAAAAAACGAAAAAAAAAAACAAUGAUAUAUACAAACGAAAGACUGAACAAUUCACGCGCCGUGAGAGCGGUGAAUUUUGAACGUUUCGCAUUCGUUUAUAUAUCUUCGAACGAGACAGCUACACGGCCGCGUGAAUGAAAAACAAUUGGAAGACUGCGGAAGGAAGAAACCUGUCAAAAUAUUAAGAAAUUAGCGAAAAGUGAACGAAAGUGAGGGAGAGAGUGAAAGCGAGAGUGAGAGAUGGCAUUCGAGAGUUAAUUACGAGAGUAAUUGCUAGUUAUAUAUCUAGGUUGUAACGAUUUAUUCUAACGAUUAUAAUGAUCUUACUGGGACGAUAAAUUUACGUAAUGGCGUGCGGUGAUCCUUUUUUUUUUCGUCUAAUUAAUUAGCCUGUUCGAGGGAGAAGAAUUUGUUUAAACGUGAAUAGAUAGACCGAGCGGAAUAACGAUAUCUUGCGGUGAUCAUUUGUUCCACCAUUUUCUACAAGGCGACAAAACUAAUUUUCAUACAUGCAUAAUUGCUAGCACGCAUGCGCUUGCGUCAACACUCACUCAUGCCCAUGCACGUAUCAACGAAAGCGUGUAUUACUAGGGGUCGGCGUCAGGGUGAUUUUUAAGAACAGUGCGAUGUUUUAUAUAACUUAAUAAACAAGGAUGACGUGUUGUAUUUUUGAUUUUUAAUCUAAAAAGUAACAUAGAACGUAACCACUUGGAAAAUUGACUUGGAAAAAUAUAAUCAAGCGGUCCAUCGUGGAGAAAUUUUCAAUCGACUGUCGAUAACGAAUGUGUUAAGAUAAAUGAUAAGAUAGAAAAAUUCGUGUUCAAAGUAUCUUUAAUACCUAUUUGACCAUUUAAUACCGGUUUCGAGCCCGGUACAACAGGAGCAACGAUGAUACAAGGUCGUAAAAUGAAAUCAUGAAAAGGUGACGAUUCAGGGAUCCUUUAUACGGUCCUGGUUUUAGGUUUUAGAUCCUUACACGUACCUCUCUAACGAGCUUUCGGAAUAGAAUUUUGGGUACUUUUACCGCUUCAGCGAUUCUACAAUCUCUCUAGAUUGUCGUUUUCGAAUCGCGUAAUAUUAAGCAGCUCAGUUUAAAAGUGUUAAGGUUCAGCUUAACACUUUUAAUUUACGGCCACAGUAGUGUUAAAAAAUUCCCGGAAGACCUCUACAUUGAAGGGAACUGAAAAACGAACUGAAAAAGUGAAAAAUCGAAUGGAACUGAAAAAGCGAAAAAUCGAACAGAAAAGUUCUGUAGCAUUUUUCGAUGGGAUCAGUAGUUUAGCCACGUUUCGUUGUUGAAAAUUGAAAAAUUGACCAAUCAGCGUGCAGCUUGAGCGGCGGAGUAGGGGACUACACGGAAUCGGGAGUUUCCGUUUGCUUGCUCCGCCGUUGCACCUCGACUCUCGGCGUAGCUCGGCAGCGGCAGAGGAGGGGCUAGUCCCCCACUCCGCGCGUCUUGCCACUCAAGCUGCGCGCUGAUUGGUCAAUGUUUAACAACGAAAUGUGGCUACACUACUGAUCCCAUCGAAAAAUGCUACAGAACUUUUCCCUUCGAUUUUUCAUGAUCUAUCCAACGGUGUAGAGGUCUUCAGGGAAUUUUUGUAACACCCUGUAUAUUAUCAAAAUCAGAGUAUAGCCCAGUGAUGAUGACUAAAUUCGAAUCUGCUACUUUUUUUUCUAUUUUAUUUUAUUUGAAUGAAGGAUAAAAUUAAAUUUGAAAAAAGGUAAGAGCUUUAAAGUCCAAAUCUUAUUUUAUCGACGAAUAGAAUAAGAUAGAAGACGGUGAUUUUAAUUCAUGUCUAAAUGGUUAAGUAGAUAUUAAAAGGUUUGUUUCUGUGUAUGUUUUCUAGCAUAAGUAGCGAAUCGUUUAAAAAAAUAUUUGAGACCAAGGUUUCUAGAGGGAAAGACUGUCGGAUGAUCGGUUAAUUGUCGCCAUAUUGGAAAACAGAUUUUUCUUUGCGCACGACUUCAAAUCUCUGCGAAAAUAAAAACGACAAACUGUAUUUCUUUUUUCAACAUGUUCACGCAUUGCCCUAAUGUCCGCCCCUGAUACACACUAACACACAUGCAAAGUGAAAAGGGAAAUCCACUGAGAGUACGUUGUUCGACUAGAACCUGAAGAAUGAUUUUGUACACACACACACACACACACACGCGCGCGCGCGCGCGUACACACAAUUUCACAAGAAACGGUCAAAAGCUAGUCAAACAAAUACAAUUUCUAAUUUCUACCACUCUUUAAAUGUGUAUAGAUAUUAUUUGUACAUUAAUUAUGCGCGAUUAACGUAAAAAGGAAAAUGGAAAAUAAAAGGAAAGCAAGAGAGUACGAAGAGAAGAAAUAGAAGGAAACAAAAACGAGUAGAAAGAGGAAAGGAAAAAAGAAAAAAUGUAAGACACUUUUACGUCACGCGCGUAAAAAAAUAAUAACAAAAAAAAAAGAAAGUUGAAAGACUGCUUCCAAACGGCUUCAGGAAAUUCGUUCAUCGUAAAAUUAUUUGCGUACUGAAACGCAGUAUCUAAAUAAAUAUGCGAUCGAUUAAAAAGAUAGAAAAAAAGGGCAGGACCUGAACUGAAGAAACGCAAAGAAAUAUUAACCGCAUACGAAGCGUACGUGUACGAUGUAGUAGCAAAGAAAAAAGAAAAAAAGAAAAUGUACAUAUACAUAUAACGGGAGCGUGAUUCUGCCAAAGAUCGACGGCCGCUGAGACGAUGAAGAAGCAAGAAAAUUUUGCUAAAUCUAAUUAAGACGAUCAUAUAGAAAUAACCGUUUGGGAAACGUUAUACUUACACUGUGGUUAUAGCGAAUUUCACUGGAACGUGUUUCGACUCGGUCGUAAUUAUCAUGAGGAACAAUCAUGAGGAAAGAGAAAAUACGAUUCUGAUUACGCGGUAUGUCGUUUACUUUCGGCAGAAACACUGCUUAUAUUGCGAUUUGAUCGCAUCGAAUGGAUAAGAAAGAGUUGAAAUAAUAAGUUACCGGUGAAAUUUUGGAAAUUCGCGUGCAAACUGUUCUCUUGAAAGAUUAUUCAUUUCUAAUGCUUUUUUAUUAUUUGGAAAUUUUCUAGAUGACAGAAAUAAUAUACAGGGUAUUCCAAAACUACCGUUGGUCCCUUGAAGGGGUUGUAGCUGGGGUGAUUCUGAACAACAUUUUCCUUUGGCGAAAUGUUGUUUGAAGCUCCGUUUUUGAAUUAUCAACGAAAAACGCUGGACCAAUCCGAGCGCGUAUAGCGCGCGGGCUCAGGGACGGCAGUGUCGACUACGAAACUCGGGCCUGACGUAUACUCCGUUCAACGAGACGAGUUACCACGUAUAAACACGUGCACGUGAGGAGGGCAGGGCCGACUUACGGGUUCCGAAUCCCCACAUCACAUCGAAAGAUAAGCCUGACCUUGCAUGCAAGAGCUCUCGGCAAGGGACCACUAUAACUUGGCCCUGAGUUGUAACAUGUAACAAUGACCGCAGUCGCAGAGCCGACUGGUCAGUGUUUUUCGUUAAUAAUUCAAAAACGAAGCUUCAAACAACAUUUUGCCAAAGGAAAAUUACAACCCCUUCAAGGGACCAACGUUAGUUCUGGAACACCUUGUAUAUGUAAUGUAUUUUCCAGUUGGUAGAUUAAACGAACUCUUCAUUUUAAUCUUUCUAAGAUCGAUACUUUAAUUGUCGCGUUAAAAAGUCGUAAAUAUAAUUAAUUUCGUUUCGCAGAAAGGAGAGUUGACGAAAUUCAAAGAUUUUUCACGGGGUAAUCCAAGUUUCUGUAGAAUGAUAAAUUUAACCGCGGGUUCAUAUCGACGAUGCGAUCUAUUAUCCAUUCGUUGUUUCGCUUCAAAUCCGCUUUAGAGAAGAAUUUGUACUACGAUGGACGAGUAAAGUUGUUAGAACGCUACUAUUAUAGCAUAGAAGAUAUCCUGUUUGGCCGGAUGCUUGUGUUUCGAUCACUACUUUUCAACAUGUAAGUAGGUAAUAUGUGCGUUUUGUAUUUUCGAGUAGCGUGAAACGUGUGUAGCGAUUCGUUCCGACGGAAUAUAAUUAACACGCUAAAUGCCGUUCAUUGGGACACCGAUAACCACCGUUACAAAUUAAAUUUAAUUGAAUAACUAACGAUCGAGAAGAAGAUUGAAAAGCGAAUUUUAAGUAACAUUAUGUAAUAUUAUCAAGUGAAAAGCUUCAAAUUUUUUUACUUCCUAUCAAGUACUAAUUUACAAUUCAAAAAAAUCAAUUUUCCACUUUUUGCUCUUGAAUAUAAUUGAAUUAGUAAAAUACUUCUCAAAAUGAAACGAUCGUAUUUUGAAUAAUUGCGCUUAUAGCGUGCUGUGUUAUAUACGCCCGUUUUUAUUACGGCAUUUAACGUGUUUAAGGAGGAGAAAUAUAAUACAUGUAUGUAUAUCAGCCAACGACGUGUAUUAAGCAAGUUUCCGGCCGAAAGCGUUAUUGACGAUAUGUAAGCCCAGGUAGCAACAUCCGUCGACUGAUUUACACUUUCUUUUUGUCGACGAGCUAGAAGAAAAAUUAGGAAGUUUAUUAGGUAUGUUUUCGUGAAAGCGAGCUGAAAUAGACUCGGUUAGAGCAAAAAAAGAAACGGAGAUUUGUGUAAUCGUGUACGCGGAACUUGCCUUUAUUUCCCCAAAGAAGAGACAGUUUUUCUGCUCUUUCUAAGGCGUGCUUUGGUUGGCAAACGCGAGUACUACUCUGUGUAAUUUGAAUGUAAGGUAAUGAAAGUGUACUGAUCACGUAAAUUCAUGAUACUGUCUCUGUAAUCUUUGUAAUUUAGUCGUUUUUCUAUUAUCACACCGAACAACAAAUGUUAAACCCUUUCAUUGUCAGUGCUUUCAGUUCUUUUAGUUCUCAUCAUAUACGGGAUGAAUUAAUGACUUUCUUGAAAUGCAGAGAAACGCGAAAGGGAAAUAGAGUAAUUUAGAAACGCUACUUUUGACGAUAGAUAAUUAUUGUGUGAAUUUUCAUGGAGAAAGGAACAGAAGAAGAAUCAAGAAAAAUUAAUUGAGACCCUAGUAUAUUGCGUUGUCGCCAAAGAAUGCCUCUGCUACACAGCGCCUUCUGUUAUUAAUUAAGAGACGUAGCUUUUGAAUUGUCAGAUUGCUAACUGGGAUAUUUUAAUUACGUAAGCUGGAUAACUUGUAAAAAUGCAAUUUUUGUACUGUUAUAACGUUAAAUAGACGAAGGUAUACUGACGUUGUAGCGUGAAAGAACAUUUUUCAAUAAAAAAUUUUUCAUACACAGA